AUGCUUUUCCACGUCUUCAACAUUGAUCAGAAAAGUGAAACCGAAGUGUAUCUGUAUGGCAGGCCUCCCGAGAGCAGCUCUGGAAUUCAAGUGCUACGUGUGUGCAACAUUGUGUCGCCCGUCUACUUUCUUCCAACGCCAGGCAACGAGGAAUCUCUUAUUCUGGAGAUCAAGUCCUUCACCUCAGAGGUGAAGGAGAUGGAAAGGGUCAAGAGACGGAACAUCUUCCACAAGUCGGUGGCAAGAGAGUUGGAGCUGCUAAAGUUAACCUUCAACAAGAGGAUCAGCUUUGAAAGCUUUGAUUCUGAGCACUGCGAGAUGAUCCUUACUGAGUUUCAGAAUCCUGUGGAGAAUCUGGUAAUAUCAAAGGGCAUUAUGGGCCCUGGAAUAGUCGAGCUGAGGAACGUUUCCAAAUGCACAGUGCAAUACAAUGACGUCUCGUUUGUUAGAAACGCAAAGUUCCCAGAACUACAGAUGGCCUCGAUAGCUGUUGAAAGUGCCGGAGGCUGCAUCUCCAAGUUUGCAUACUACAACAGAAAAAAGGAGUGCUACACCUGCGGGGCGAUAGGCAAAGCACAGCCAGCGGGAUACAAGUCACUUGACGGGCCAAAAGAAGUGCUAGCCUUCAUAAAUGAGACAAUAAGAAAGGACAAUCCAGACUUCGUUGUGUACCACAAUCUGCAUGCCAAGUCGAAGCUUAGUCUCAGAGACAGGAUAGUCUGUGAUGUAUUUUCGUUUGCACAGGGGACAGUAAAGGGCAGAGACUACUCCAUCCAGGAGCUGUGCUCGCUAUAUCGCAUUAACAGGACCAAGGGUCUUGAGGGAGAUGCCAAGGCACUUGUCGACAUUGCAGAGUCGAUGAAUGCGCUCAGCCUAGCGAAGGAAAUGGCAGAGAUAAGCGGAUACCUGCUGAACAGGUGUCUGGGCAACUGCAGGGCCGAGAGGAUAGAGUACACUCUUAUGCAUGAGCUGUAUGCAGGAGGCUACUUGUUUCCGCCCGUCACGCCCAAGAUGAAUGUAAAGUACAGCGGGGGGCUUGUUCUGGAUCCGGUCCAGGGAUUCUACGAGGACAUUGUGCUUCUGCUUGACUUCAAUUCCCUGUAUCCGUCGAUAAUCCAGGAGUUCAAUGUGUGCUUCUCCACAGUAGGAUCCAGCAGAUUCUACAUCACGGAGGACAAUGCAGAAGACGUGCUGAACAACCCAGAGAUUGUCAGCUCGGUGGCAGACAGACACGCGGACACGUUCCUGCCCAGGAUUCUGAGAAGCCUGGUGAGGAGAAGACGAUCAGUCAAGGAGCUGCUGAGGAGUGCAAAGAGCCCAGAAGAGAGAAUGGCAUUGGACAUAAGGCAGAGGGCGCUGAAGCUCACAGCCAACUCGAUCUAUGGGUGUCUUGGGUUUACGGGGUCGCGGUUCUGUAACUUCGAGAUGGCGGCAUUCAUAACGGCCAAAGGAAGGGAGCUGCUGAAUGAAACAAAGAUUGCUGCUGAGCAGCUGGGCAUGAAGGUAAUAUAUGGCGACACGGAUUCGAUAAUGAUCCACACAAGGUAUCCCGGGACCAAGGAGUACUAUGGCAGGGCAGUUGACUCUGCCAAGGCGCUGGUCAGCAAGAUCAAUUCGAGGUACAGCAGUAUUGGAAUUGAGCUGGAAAAGGUGUUUAAGAAGCUUCUGCUGUACACGAAGAAGAAGUAUGCAGCCCUUGUGUUUGACAUGAAUGGGUCGUGCAUUGAGACCAAGGGCAUCGAUAUUGUCAGGAGGGACUUCUGCUCGGCAAGUACUGACCUGAGUAGGUCUGUCUUGAACGUAAUGCUGGAGGACAGAGAAGAGUACAGAAGCGAUGUUAAAACUACAAGCAUCGCAGUCAAUAAUCCGUUUGAUGGGUGCAGUGCGAAAACAGGCAGGGGUGUUGGCAUUAAUUUGCUUGAAGACUCGGACGAGGCAGGGGACAAGGCAAGGUGCAGUGCCCUUAAGAAGAACAACACCAUGGAAACAGCAGAAAAGAUAUAUGGGAUAUGCUCCGACUUUUACUCCACACUGUUCGCUAGGCCGGUCGAGGACUUUAUCAUUUCCUCAGUCCUCAGCCGGGAUAUCAGUGCGUACACCAAUGCCACCAACCUCCCCCAUGUAAACCUAGCGCUGAGACUCAGGGCAUCCAAGAAUAUUACUUACCACCAGGACGACGUUGUGUCGUACGUCAUUGGGGAGGGGGACGGCCCAAUAUCAUACAGGGCCUACCACCCCGACGAGAAGGUCAAGAUAGACUACCAGUACUAUAUUAAAAACCAGCUGCUGCCGUCUCUGUAUCGGCUUGUCUCCCUGCUGUCCUUUGUCCACACCGAGAAAAUUGGAAUGAUCUUCGAGGUGAAGGAUGUUGUCCCCAGGACAGUGCAGAGCACUAUGACCUUUGUGCUUCCGUGCUGCCAGCAUGUCCAGGGACCUGCUUCCCAGUGCUCUAGAUGCGGCGCCGUCAUUCCAGACGAGUUCUACAUUGAAAAGGUCAGCACAAAGCUGUAUCAAGCCGUGACUAGUCUGUAUAAGGAAAAGGGAAGAUGCAUUGACUGUGGAAUCGUGUAUUCAAACCAUCUUGUCCGGUGCUUCGAGUGCCAGAAGGACCUGGUGUUUGACUUCAAAAACCUUGAGUUUGACAACUGCCUGUGCUCCAUCGAGUCCAGCUUCCAGAACUACAACAUCCCUGAAAUCAGCAUGCUGGUUUCUUCGUAUUCUGAAGUAUCCUCGUACCGUAGAAUCGGGAUGGCCAGGUACUUUGGCAAGGAGCUGGAAAAGGGAACCGGCGCUCCGAUGUGA